GUGUCAAAAUCAGCAGCAGGCUCGCGCGGAGUGCUUGCAGCCAAUCACAGCUCCUUUUCAACAAGCUCAAUAAAGUUCGCUUUUUCCGCUGUUUGACUUCGCGUCAGGAGGUAGCAGUGUCUUUCUCUGUCGAGUGUAAAGAUGUGGAAGAACCAGCAAGGAGCGGGUAUGAGCAACACGUAUCGCCUCGGAGUGAGAGAUACGAACAAAAGGAGCGUGUUGUUGUAAGAAAAGAAGAUGUAUCUAUGGCGCCUCUCCAUCGCCAUAACGCUCGGCUUGGUGUGGUAUUUUUCAGACUGUGGCCGCACGGUAACGCAGUACUUUCUCUGCUUUCUCUUUUGUUUCACUACUCCGCUUUUACUCGGGAGCAAUGGGCGAGAGAGCAGCACCCAAACUGAUGAGGAGACCGGGGAAAACCCACGGCAGGAAACAACAGAGGAAGAGUUGUUCUCUGAUUUGACUGAUGGACCAUGCAGUGAGCAGCAAGCAGAACCAGCCAAGUCUGAGUAUCCACAUGUAAAGAGGUCUUUACAGCAAGUGUUUGAGUGCGCCUACGCUCAGCUGGUCCUGCCUUGGUACGCCGUUCCUGAGCCGCUUGAGUGCCAGCCUCUGCACCAGGUGCUCAGCAGGGAAGUCGACUUUAUAAUCGACCGGAUCAUUGAAAGAGCCAGAGACUUUGAUGUUUGCCAGGCAGUAGUGGGCUCCAUUCGGAUUCUGACCCAGCACUUGCAUAAUGCGAAGCAGUCUGAUAGAGAGCUUUUGUUCACGUCCAGAGCAGACGAGAUCACAGUCCUCAGAGAGUUUUCUGAUGCUCUGGUACGUAACCUUUUCCCCAAAUCUCUCUGGAGCCAAGAAGUCAACCGCUGUGCCUUAAAUGAAAUCGUUGCCAUAAAGGGAUUGGGUCUGUUGGUGACAUGGCUGUCUGACCCCGACAACCUGAACCAGCUGGUGGUGAGCCAGCUCGACAGCGUGACUCCCAAGGGCUCUGUGGAGGAAUUGUGUGAAUCAGACCCUGAUCUGACUUCUCUGACUUCACAGGAGGGUGAAGGAGAGGGCAGUGAAGUGAGCUUGGAGGGAGCUGGGAUUUCAACUAGUGUCAGAACCAAGGGCAAAAGAAAAGGCAACAAGUUAAAAGAAGGAUGGUCAAAGUUUGUGGACAAGGUGAAGUCCAAGAAAGCGAAGAAGAAGAAGAUGAAGAAGAUGGAACAAGAACUGGUGAUGAGGAUCAUGGCGAUCCAAGGCAAUGUGUCAGAGGAUGAUGUCAGCAGCAGAGAGGGGUCCGUCUACAGCCAGCAGGAAUCUGACAGGGAGGACAGCGAUCUGGAGAAUUACCUGACGAGCGUCCAGGAAGACAUGAUGGAAUUCAAGCUGUCCUACGAGAUGUGGCGUGUGGGCCGCUGGGCUGUCAGCAUCCCUCAUGCUGACUGGCAGGAUGAGGCGCUGAACUUCACGGUUCACCUGGAGGAGAAGGACAGUCCUGAGAACCUGCAAUGGGAUAUAAAGAAAACCUACAUGGAUAUGAUCUACUUCCGCAACAGAUGGCAGGACUCUACUAUCCUGCCCUCCAUCCUGGUGCUGGAGGAGACGGAGAUCAAUGAGGCGGUCAAAGAAGAAGCCAGAGUGUCAGUGGAGCACUUCUUACAGGAACUAGUAUCUGACUCUGUUAUCGGCCACACUCAGCCGGUUUUUCAGUUCCUCUGCCCUCUUGAUAAACUGCUGAAUGAAGAGGAACAUUAUGGAGGGGUGUGGGGCCUGCUCAGCGGCCUGGCUUACUUCCUGACACCUGGUCAAGAGGAGGAAGAGAGCUCGAGCCCUCAGACAGAAGCUUCAAAGGGAAUCUCGUCUCCGCCUUCACAUCAUGAAUCCACAGCUCUACCUUUAGACAACCUCUCUGGUACCUCUGCAGGAAAAAGCCAUGAUGCUCCCACUGCUACUAUCCCUGCUAUUGUUAUCUCCCAGUUUGAUUCCCCCGCCGAGCCGUCUGAGGAUGCGAAAACGGAAACUGAGCCACCCUCUGUGACUGAAAACUCUUCUCAGGACAAAUCUGAAGACUCUGAUAACCCUUUAACCUCUCACUUUAAGAUGAUUUUCAAAGGACUGACCAGGUCCAGGUCACAGGAGUCUCUGGUCUCAACAAAAAGCAUAGGAGAUGAUGACCCGCCUGACUCGGACUCAACACCACACUGCAGCCAGAACGGAGUCCUGCAGGGAGACAGCACAGAUGGCCCGUCGUGGCUUCAUUUCAGCAUAAAGUCAAAUAAAAAGGAAAAAAUAUGUUUCAAGAUGUCUGUUGGAGCCAGCAAGGCUAAAGGGAAGGAUCAGGGCACUUUACCGAGGGGGGAGGACUCGCAGUGUCCAAAGAGCCAAGUGAACUGGGAGCAGCUGGAGGCAACCAAAGCCAUAUUUGAUCUGCUGAAAGAAAUCUCUGGAAACUCCAUCCUCAUCAACAUAUUUGAUGCUAUUUUGAAACCUGUUAUGCCCAUUUUGAAAAAAAAAGUGAACUCUUUCCUGAACAAGAUGAACCCAACAGAACAGCAGAUGGCUGCAUACAUUGACAGGCUGCGAGAGAAACAGUGGCCAGACAGUCAGCCUGCAGCGCCGUCUCCUCCUCGAUCUGACGAGGAGAAGAGCGAGACCAGGGAGAGAGCUCACAGUCUUAUCAACGCCAGAUAUUCAAACUAUCUUGUCCUGAAGAAGACGGACAUGGAGUCUGUUUUUAAUCUCUUCCAGGAGCGAGAAGAGAACAAAACACUUGUUUAUAUGCUCUUGUCAUUCCUUAUGAGGGAAUUUUUCCCAAAUGACCAUUCCCUAAAUGUGAGCGCAGCAGCUCUGCAGAAAGUGACCAACUCCUUCAACUGACCUGUGAAGACAUGAUUGUGUUUUUAAUGCUAAUUUUACUGACAUUUUAGGAUAUUAAAUUAUUUAUUAAACUUCUUAAAAAGCCUUAACAUAUUUGAUAAAUUGUACAUAAAUACCACAGUCCUUCCUGGGAUUUUUACCUCAAAUAUACUGUGAAUAUUCCUUUAUAUUUUAAUUUCUUUUUAUCUUUUUUAUAUUGGAUGGUUCAGCUAAAUCUGUACGUGAUAAAUUCUGAUUUGUGUACACUCAGAAACCUCCUUUGUGAGAGCCAGUUUUUCCUUUAAUGGUUUUUAUGGUUGCAAAUUUGCAGUUUGAAUGCUACUUUUCACAUUUUAAUGUAAAAGAAUUAAAAUCUUCUAGAACAUUUGGUGUCAUGUUGCAUAUGGUGAAUGUUUUGUACACCUUUUAGUCCUGCAAGUUUUUCUUAAUUCGUAGAAUAUCUCAUAAUUAUCUUAUUAUUUUGUCAGAACUUACAGUUCAACCAUCAAAGAACUUGAAAUAAUGUUUAUGUAUAUAACUGAGUCUUUUCCUAAUGAAUAAUGAAAUAAAAACUUUGAUGCCUUAUAA